UGAAAGUGAGGAACGGACAGGGUCGUGAUGCGUGGGGCCUCCCGUGGGCAUUCUCGAUGAUUGGCCGCUCGUAUCACUACUUUGAAAGGGAUGCCGCAGGACGUGUCAACGGUUGCCAUCGGUGGCUUGCGGCCGUGUAUAGGCUGAACGGACAGGGUGGUGAUGCGUCGGGCCUCGCGUGGGCAUUUUCAAAAAAACUUGGCCGCUCGUAUCACUACUUUGAAAGGGAUGCUGCAGGACGUGUCAAAGGCUGCCAUCGGUGGCUUGCGGCCGUGUAUAGGCUGAACGGAGAGGGUGGUGAUGCGUCGGGCCUCGCGUGGGCAUUUUCAAAAAAACUUGGCCGCACGUAUCACGACUUUUGGAGGGAUGCCGCAGGACAUGCCAAAGGCUGCCAACGGUGGCUUGCGGCCGUGUAUAGGCUGAACGGAGAGGGUCGUGAUGCGUCGGGCCUCGCGUGGGCAUUUUCAAAAAAAUUUGGCCGCUCGUAUCACGACUUUGAAAGGGAUGCCGCAGGACGUGUCAAAGGCUGCCAACGGUGGCUUGCGGCCGUGUAUAGGCUGAACGGAGAGGGUCGUGAUGCGUCGGGCCUCGCGUGGGCAUUUUCAAAAAAAUUUGGCCGCUCGUAUCACGACUUUGAAAGUGAGGAACGGACAGGGUCGUGAUGCGUGGGGCCUCCCGUGGGCAUUCUCGAUGAUUGGCCGCUCGUAUCACUACUUUGAAAGGGAUGCCGCAGGACGUGUCAAAGGCUGCCAUCGGUGGCUUGCGGCCGUGUAUAGGCUGAACGGACAGGGUGGUGAUGCGUCGGGCCUCGUGUGGGCAUUUUCAAAAAAAUUUGGCCGCUCGUAUCACGACUUUUGAAGGGAUGCCGCAGGAUGUGCCAAAGGCUGCCAACGGUGGCUUGCGGCCGUGUAUAGGCUGAACGGAGAGGGUCGUGAUGCGUCGAGCCUCGCGUGGGCAUUUUCAAAAAAAUUUGGCCGCUCGUAUCACGACUUUGAAAGUGAGGAACGGACAGGGUCGUGAUGCGUGGGGCCUCCCGUGGGCAUUCUCGAUGAUUGGCCGCUCGUAUCACUACUUUGAAAGGGAUGCCGCAGGACGUGUCAAAGGCUGCCAUCGGUGGCUUGCGGCCGUGUAUAGGCUGAACGGAGAGGGUCGUGAUGCGUCGGGCCUCGCGUGGGCAUUUUCAAAAAAAUUUGGCCGCUCGUAUCACGACCUUGAAAGUGAGGAACGGACAGGGUCGUGAUGCGUGGGGCCUCCCGUGGGCAUUCUCGAUGAUUGGCCGCUCGUUUCACUACUUUGAAAGGGAUGCCGCAGGACGUGUCAAAGGCUGCCAUCGGUGGCUUGCGGCCGUGUAUAGGCUGAACGGACAGGGUGGUGAUGCGUCGGGCCUCGCGUGGGCAUUUUCAAAAAAACUUGGCCGCUCGUAUCACGACUUUUGGAGGGAUGCCGCAGGACGUGCCAAAGGCUGCCAACGGUGGCUUGCGGUCGUGUA